UAAUGACAAAAAAUUAAAACUUGAAUUACGGGAUAACUAACUUCCAUUAAAGUUGCUGGAAUCAGAUCGUAAUAGUAUUGAAGAAGGUAGAGUGAGGGUAGUAAAAGGUAGUUAGUGUGAGGGAAAAAAGUAUUAAAAAGGAGCAGAUGGAAAGGAAUUCCAAAAUUGCGAGCUUUGUUUGAUGAAAGAUGAUCAGACAUUCUCCGUUCCAAACAAAUCAAAUGAACACUCGAAAACUCCCUAUUUCUCCCAACACCUCUCCCGUCAAUUUCCGCCGCGCUUCCCCUGUAACUCGCAUCUCCGCCAGGAAACUCGCGGCGCGCUUAUGGCACUUGCGCUUUUUCAAGCUGUCAUCUAAGCCAAAGCUUCAAUCUUCCCCGCCACGUGUCAAGCGUGACAGCAACGUUCUGAGAGACUCCGUUGUCUCUCUUCUGCUAUCAGAACUCCUGCGUGCUCAAACCUCCCUUAACAACCUCAAAGCACAACACAAGUCCUUUAGGAAGGAACACCUUCUCUGGAAGCGUCGACAGCUCAAGAAAAACGAUGCAGUCAUUGAGGCCUUAAAGGACAAGCUAGCCAGGGAAAGGAGAAGCAGAGAGAGGAUGGAAUCACUCAAUGCCAAAUUGGCACAUGACCUAGCCCAAGCCAUGCUCAACUACGUUCAAGAAAAGAGGAAAAGACAACUCACAGAGCAAGUGUGCAACCAAUUAGCAAUGCAGAUAGGAGAAGACAAAGCCAAGCUCCAGGGAUUGCAGAGAUAUUCAAUUAGAAUUCGCCAGGAAAUGGAGCAAGAGAGGAACAUGUUUCACAUGGCUGAGCUGUGGCGUGAAGAGAGCAUUCAAAUGAAGCUACUUGACGCCAAACUUGCCUUAGAAGAUAAGUUCAAUCAGAUGAUCCACUUGUUCAAACAGGCAACUGACUCAUGUGAUUUCACAAAGUCAAAUGAUGUUUUAUCCGUUUUUGAGGAACUCGAAGAGAAACUCAUUCAAGUUGAACCAUACUACCCUUCCAAUAAUAAUCUCAUUGAUCCCUCGUCCACCGUCCACAUUGUAAAUCUUGAUGAAGAUUAUUGCCUCAACAAUAAUCCCGUGUUACAUCAAUCAACCAUUUCCAUCAAUGAAGCUGAAUGUUGUGAAAAUGCUGGGGAUGGUUGUUACAAACACUGUGAUUCGGUGGCACAACAAAACUUGGAAGGUCCUAGGUUUGGUGAGUGUGAAGGGAGAGUUGCAACGAGUUCAGGUAUGAGCGGUGGGAUUGGUUCUACUUUUAUGUGUAAAGGUUCGUGUGAAAGUGGGUUCAGACAGUGGGAAUUAUUGGGACAAGGAAACUUUGCAGACACUGUGAAUCCCCACAUAACUCGUGGGAUAAAAGGAUGCAUAGAAUGGCCACGAGGCAUUCCCAAAAUCAAUGCCAAGGUCAUCCCUUUGGAAGAAAGAGUGCGAAGACAGAAAUCUCAGUUACAACAUAUACUUAAGCCUCAGGGUCAGGGUUAAGACCUUGUUUCAAAGAGAUCAAAUACAGAAACAGAUUUCAAUAAAAUUCCAUUCAUUUAAGUUUGUCUUCGCUGGUUCGUGAACCUUUCCAAAAGAAACACCACCUUCUCACAGAUUUCAGUUUAUUUAUCGAAAAUAACGUUCUGUUGUCUGGGUUUGUGCUCCGUCUAUUCAGCCACUGAUCAAUUGUAAUCAUUCCAUAGUCAUAUUAGAUGCUAUAGAUAGCAUCAUGAAUUUUGAAUGUGGUUGAUUCUUUUCUAGAAAACCACAACAUUUUGAUAGCAAGAGGUGUAUUAUUAAUUUAUUAUUCCAUGACAGAUUACAAUAAACAUAUUUACCUUGAAAUCAUGGU